CAGGGGAAAAAAAAAGGGUUCGUGUCCGAUCCUCCAACCCUUGUUUUGAUCCCAUCAGCUAACAGCUCAGCCACUUUCGUCAGCACAUUUUACCGUUUUGCAGCAGCUGGUGUUUUAUAAAAGAUGUAGAGAAGUAGGAGGGGGGAAAGAGAGAGAAGGAACGAGAAAAGGAAGAAAACAAGAGAGAGCGAGGAAGGGCUUCGGUUCAUCAAGCCGUUAGACAUCUGGGCACGCCUAAUCAACCUUGUUUUGAAGCGAUCGAUGAGGCAUGAAACUUCACUUGAGUCGAUAGCUAAAACCAGUACCUAAAAUUUAGACAGUUCUGAGGCCUAAGCCUUUCAAGACUAUAUGCAUAGAAUUACAUUUUUCGAGUGGGACCUGAAAUCUCUAGUAAAUACAGUGAUUCUACCAUGCAAGCAUCAAGAAGUGGAGUGAAACUUAAAAAAUCUGAGAGCCAAGCUAAGUCAGAAAUAAAAGACUAGUAGCUUUAAAAGCAAUGCAUGCUCUGAGAAACUGCGGUCAACUAGCACAGCAGAAGUAAACUUGUCUAAUUGGUUUUGGAGCCCAACAUGUUGAAGCAUUGAGUCUAUAUAUAUAUACAUAUAGUCAUUUAGUCAUGCACAUCAAGUUGAAUCGGAAAACCACAGACAGAGUAUGUAGUAUUGUGACAGCCACUGACCUCUGAUUUUGCGAGGUUUUAAGCAGAGAAUGGCAGAAGCUGCAGUGUUGUAUCUACUUAGCAAGCUCGAAAGCUUUGCCGAGACUGCGGUGCAACAACAAAGAGAGGGUCACGAAGAGUGGAUGUCUCUGAUGAGAGAAUUUGAGCGCAUCAAGGCUUUCCUAAAAGCUGCGGAUUCCAUGGAAGAGUGCAACGAAGAAGUCAAAGUAUGGGUUAAGCAAGUGCGAGAAAUUGCAUAUGAAGCUGAGGAUCUUCUUGAUGAAUAUACACAACUCUCAGUGCAGGAUCAUCAAUCCGAGGGCUUUCUACGAAUGAUUCAAACCAGUGUCAGAAACAGGAAAGCUCGACACCGACUGAUUUCAGCUAUGAAAGGCAUCAGCCCCAGAAUCAAAAGUAUCUGUGAAGGACAGCAGAGACUGUUUGAUGGUUUCAGCACAACUGAGAGAGGUUCAAGCUCAACCUCUUCUUAUGAAGACAACAAAUGGCAAGACCAUCGAGGAGAUGCACUUCUGGUAGAAAAAUCCGAUCUGGUGGGCAUCGAAGAACCCAAAAAGGAGCUUGUCGAAUGGUUGGUCCAGGGUGCUUCACAAUGCCAGGUAAUUUCGGUGGUUGGCAUGGGAGGUCUGGGGAAGACGACCCUAGUAAAGCAAGUUUAUGAUGACCCAGCAGUGAAGAAGCGAUUCACAGCACGUGCUUGGGUCACUCUUUCUCCUUCAUCAAGGACGGACGAGCUGCUUUCAGACAUGCUUCAACAGAUUGCCAGUAGCAUCACGAAGACGCUUCCAUCUGAAGCAGAAACUUCCAAAAGUAGUUGCGUUAGAAUGGUGAUCAAAGACUUCCUUCAGGAAAGGAGGUUGAAAUACCUAAUCGUUCUUGACGAUGUAUGGGAUAUGAACAAAUGGGAUGCAGUCAAAUGUGCAAUACCCAACAAUAACAAUGGCAGCCGAAUAAUGGUCACCACUAGGAAAUCAGAUCUAGCAUCAGCAUCUGGCACUGGAUGUUCAGGGAAGGUCUACAACAUGAAGCCCUUGUCAUCUGAACAGUCACAUGAACUUUUCUGUAGGAAGACAUUCAAAGAGAAAGCGUGCCCCAGCCAUUUGGAGGAAAUCUGCCGGCAGAUCUUGAAAAAGUGUGAAGGACUUCCCCUAGCAAUCGUGGCCAUCAGUGGUGUUCUGGCAACAAAGGACAUUAGAAGAAUUGAUGAAUGGGAACUAGUCCUCCGCAGUCUCCGUUCUGAAAUCGAUGGCAAUGAAAAGCUCAAAAACCUGAAGCAGGUACUUUCAUUGAGUUUCAAUGAUUUGCCUUAUUACUUAAAGUCCUGUUUCUUGCAUUUGAGCAUAUUCCCUGAGGCUCUUGUUGUCGAACGUAUGAGGAUAAUCCGACUCUGGGUAGCAGAGGGCUUUGUUGAAAGGAAAGAAGGUAAAACCCUGGAAGAAGUCGCUGAGGACUACCUUGAUGAGCUCUUGAACAGAAGCCUCAUCCAAGUGGCAGAGACCACCAGUGAUGGAAGGGUAAAAAAAUGUCGAGUUCAUGACCUUUUGCUGGAAAUCAUCAUUCCGAAGGCAAGGGAUCAGAACUAUGCAAUUAUAGACCAUGAACACAGAGGUCCUUGGCCAGAAAGAGUUCGUCGCCUCUCCAUACACAAAGCAUUUCAGAUUGCACGAGAAAACCGGUCACUUUCCUGUCUCAGAUCCUUGUUCAUGUUUUGCGUAGACGAGUCUUGUGUAGUUGACGCUCUCUCAUCUGAAUUGAACCUUCUCAGUGUCCUCAAUUUAGAACAUGCUCCGGUAAGCCGUUUCCCAGGUCAAGUACUUAACAUGAAAUGUCUCAGGUUUCUAAGCUUGAGAUCUUCCCGUAUUCGAACCAUUCCAAGUUCCAUAGGGAACCUUCAGAAGCUAGAGACAUUGGACCUUAAAGACACUCAUGUCGUCGCAUUGCCUGUGGAGAUAGCAAAGCUUCAACAACUACGUCAUCUCCUUGUGUAUCGGUAUGAGGACAUAUCUUAUACUCACAAUAAAUAUGGUUUCAAAACCCCUGCAGAUAUUGGAGCUCUGCAGUCUCUGCAAAAGCUAUGCUAUAUAGAGGUAGAUGAUGAAAGAAAUGGUAGAAAUAUUACGGGGCUGGGGAAACUAAAUCAGUUAAGGAGGUUAUGUGUGUUAAAGUUGAGGAGAGAAGACGGAAGGAAUCUGUGCUCAUCGAUAGAAAAGUUAACCAACCUCUCCUCACUGGCCGUCUAUGCAUUAGAUGAUCAGGAAAUUGAACUGCAUCGCCUUUCUUCUCCUCCACGACUACUUCAGAGGAUCUUCUUGAGGGGACACUUAGAGACCUUACCAAGCUGGAUUGCUAACCACCACGGCCUCGUAAAACUAUACCUGAAAAUGUCCUGUUUAAGGGAUGAUCCGCUAGAAUCCCUUCAAAAUUUGCCCAGUCUGGUUCAUCUCGAGUUACUGCAUGCUUAUAAUUGGCAAACUUUGUGCUUUAAGGCCAAAGGAUUCAUGAAACUUAAGAUAUUAGGGCUCGAUCUUUUUGAGGAGCUCGAGUUCAUACAGGUGGAGAAGGAAGCGAUGCCCUGUCUAGAAAAGUUGACGGUCCUGCGGUGCAAAUUGCUCAAGGAUCUGCCAUUAGGAAUCGAGCACUUAAACAUGCUCAAAGUGUUGGAGUUCUUUGACCUGCCUGAUGAAUUAGUCCAGAAACUUAAGCCGGACAAACAAAAUGAGGACUAUCAGAAAGUUGCGCACGUUCCCGAAAUUCAUUACGGUUACUGGAGAGAGCAAGGUUGGGAUGUCACAUCCAUAGAGACAACGGUCGAGGAAGAGGGCUCUCGUUUGCAGAGUUCUAGUAAGAGGGGUAAUGAACCUAGUCCUUAUCCUCGGAAAUAAGUGUUUGCAUCUUCUGUGAAUCCAUCUUUUCCAGGGUGUCUAUGUUUACACUGCGACAAAGUAUUCGAUGUAGUCAAGUUUACAGUAAAUGAAUUCUUGAACAUAUUCGAAUGUACGUUUUCGAUCUGGCAAUGCCUGGUCAUUCAGUAGCCUUUCUCAAACCAAGCUUCGACCGGGGUUGAGCGAGAGAUGACAAGUCCAGAGAACCGUUCAAGCCUUACCAACAUUCCAUUGCAGAUAUGGUGACAUAUCUGCAUUGCAAACAAUCCACAGGCCUUGGUAUUAUUUAUAAGUGGAUCCUUAUAAGUUUCGGUAAAUACAUACUUGUAAUGAACAUAAAGCGUGCAUCGCACAUCUGUAUAAAUUACUUUUCUAUGUCAAAAGUGAUGGUUUAUUAAAAGGA